AUAUGAGAGCUGUCACUUUUCAGCCGAACGGGACAGGUUGAGGAGGUCCGGUUGUCUCGUUCAUUUAACCCCCAUUUAAUUUCCCCUUUUUUCUACCCGACCUUGUUGAUAUCCCAUCAAUUCUAUUUUAUUUAGCUGAUAUCUAAAAAUCCAAGCCAAAAUGUACAGGUAUUUCGGAGAGCUGCUAACUCGUGGAGCGAGUAACGCUCUGGCCUCGAGCUGCGUCGAGUCUGCACUACCGGCUUCCACAUCUUUGAUGAAGGUUCGUCAUUAUAGCGAAGCCGCUGGAGAGAAGGAAGAUGACCCCAAUUUCUUUAGAAUGGUGGAGGGCUUCUUUGACCGCGGUGCUGCCAUUGUAGAAGACAAACUGGUGGAAGACUUGAAAACAAGGGAAACGCCGGAGCAGAAGCGGAACCGCGUCCGGGGAAUUCUCAGGAUCAUCAAGCCAUGCAACCACGUAUUGAGCGUAUCUUUCCCUAUUAAACGAGACAACGGCGAAUGGGAGGUUGUCGAAGGCUACCGAGCUCAGCACAGUCAACACAGAACACCCUGCAAAGGAGGUAUCCGCUACAGCACAGAUGUCUCUGUGGACGAGGUCAAAGCUCUGGCCUCCCUCAUGACAUACAAGUGCGCUGUCGUCGAUGUGCCAUUCGGUGGAGCUAAAGCUGGUGUGAAAAUCAACCCCAGGAAUUACUCGGAUAAUGAGUUGGAGAAAAUCACCAGGAGAUUCACCAUUGAGCUGGCCAAAAAGGGAUUCAUUGGACCCGGCAUUGACGUCCCAGCCCCCGACAUGAGCACGGGAGAGAGGGAGAUGUCAUGGAUCGCUGACACAUACGCCAACACUAUUGCCCACACUGACAUCAACGCUCACGCCUGUGUGACUGGUAAACCCAUCAGCCAGGGUGGCAUUCACGGCAGAAUCUCAGCCACUGGACGUGGAGUCUUCCACGGCAUCGAGAACUUCAUUAAUGAGGCCUCCUACAUGAGCAUGCUGGGACUCACCCCUGGCUUCGCCGACAAGACCUUCAUCAUCCAGGGUUUCGGUAACGUGGGUCUCCACUCUAUGCGUUACCUCCAUCGUUACGGUGCCAAGUGUGUGGGUAUCGCUGAGAUCGACGGAAGCAUCUGGAACCCCAAUGGCAUCGACCCCAAAGAGCUAGAAGACUACAAACUGCAACAUGGUACUAUUGUUGGCUUCCCCAACGCCAAGCCAUACGAGGGAAACAUCCUGGAGGCGCAAUGUGACAUUCUUAUUCCAGCUGCUGGUGAAAAACAGCUUACCAGGAAAAACGCUCACAACAUCAAAGCCAAGAUCAUUGCCGAGGGUGCCAACGGCCCAACCACACCAGAUGCUGAUAAGAUCUUCUUGGAGAGGAACAUUAUGGUUAUCCCGGACAUGUACCUGAACGCUGGCGGUGUGACGGUCUCUUACUUUGAGUGGCUGAAGAACCUCAACCACGUCAGCUACGGCCGUCUGACCUUCAAAUACGAGCGGGACUCCAACUACCACCUGCUGAUGUCAGUGCAGGAGAGUAUGGAGAGGAAGUUUGGGAAGCAGGGUGGUCCCAUCCCUGUGGUGCCCACAGCUGAAUUCCAGGCUCGAGUGGCCGGUGCGUCUGAGAAAGACAUUGUACAUUCUGGACUUGCCUACACCAUGGAGAGAUCCGCAAGGCAAAUCAUGCGCACAGCCAGCAAAUACAACCUGGGCCUGGAUCUGAGGACAGCAGCAUAUGUCAACGCCAUCGAGAAGGUGUUUAAGGUCUACAACGAGGCUGGCCUGACCUUCACAUAAUCAUCUUUUGUCCUUUCUCACCCUUCCAUCCGUCCAUCUUCAUUCUUAGCGAACUCGUCCCCACUCUCUGCCUCCAGCAUAGAUUUAAACUUAUUAUUAGCGUUUACAUUAGGCAAAAAAAAAACCCCACGUCCAUCAUAUGACCGCCAUUUUUAGGCCCCGCCUCCUUCCAGAGCCGGCGUCUGUGGAGUUUUAGAGAACAGUUGUAAGACAGCUACUUUGUUGUGAGGCGCGAAGCCAAACUCUGUUCGGCUGUGGGUUUUUUAUACAUCGUAUUACCUUUUAUCCUGUUACGAACUCCAAUUACUGAAACGAGACUUCUCCCCAGUCUGUUCUGUCAUCGUCGUUUUGGUUUGUUCCGGGGUUUUUUGUUUUUUUUUAAUUUUAUUUCCUGUCACGCGGCCCGUGCUAAAUUUCUUUGGAUUUCUCACAAGCAAACGUGAUCGUGUUUGGGCGGGAACUUGCGGACAUCUGUUAGGUGUUGUUCACUCGUCCCUUUGUUUGAUGUCCUAACCAGUUUUGUUGAAUUCGUUCUCUACAGUCAUUGUCUCUUGUACGACGCUAAUUUGGCUUGCGGUAAUGAAAGACAACGCUAAAAGUUGCCUUAGGUCUGAACGCGGGAGUUUUUGUACAUUGCAAAAAUGAUUCACAUUUAGGCCCCGUAUCUGUUAUAGAUCAGGAGAAUGACAGCUCAAAAAAAAAAAGAAUCUAGUUUCAUGGCCUCUCUUUCUUAUUUCAAUUUUUUUUUUUUUUGUACGUUAUGACAGCAGCCCAGGUUUCGAUAUCUUUUUGAUCCAGUGAUUCCGUUUUAUCGUUUUGGGUUUUUUUUUUUUUAAAUCUGACCCAAACUUUCAGCCUGUGGUUCUUAGACAGCCCCUGGGUAAACGUGCUGAGGAAACAGAGGAGCACCGUGGGAACAAAAAAAAGCGGUUUUCUCCAAGGCCACCAGCGUCUUUACAUUGAAUCUGCUUUGGAAAAUUUGUAUUGCCUUUUGUUGUUGUUGUUGUUGAAAAUAAACAAAACAAUGACAAAAUAA